AAGAAAGAAAGAACGAAAGCUGUGAGUUUGUCACCUAACGGGUCAACAACAGACCCGUGUUCUAGUUCAUGGUUUCAUUAGUUUCGUUUCCGGGUUUUAUUCCUUUUCACCACGUUUUAUUUGUGUUGUGAAUAACAAAAUGUUUGUGUCAACUUAUUAUUAAUGUUAUUAUUACUUACUUGAUUACUUACUUUCUGUUGUGGGAAACUUCUAAUGGGCCAAAUAAUGCAAUAUGGUGUUUCCACAGAACACCAAGAAAAAUCUUUCACUUGUGUCAUGCUGUCAAAAAUGUUCCCAAACAUCUUUUUUUAGAAAUGAAUAGAUUUUAAAUUCAUUUGAAAUUCACAAAUUAGUCCCCAGGUUUAUCCCAGAUGAGGUGACAACAGGAAAAAAACCUGAGAUGAUCCGAGAAAGAAACCUCGAGUGAACGUCAUCUGGGUGACACCGAAUGUCUAUUCAUUAUAGUUUCAUCAUUGUUGAGGUUAUGAACCUUCACUGAUGGAAGCUUGAAUGUGUCAUGUUCUUGGCAUGAUCCAAGCUGUUGUAGCACACUGUGUUAAUUCCACUCAAAUCUAUAAUCCUUCAGAGUAGUCUCAUGCAUCUUUAGCUGGUUCCUUUGGAGUCCUCCUCAGCAACAGUGAGAGGUUUCCAGUUGAAAACAACUUCAUCCUGAAGCAUGGCAUUAGGAUGGAUCAGGCAGUUCUGGAAAGCAGAAAGGGACAGGAUCAUGGACAUCUCAAGAGCAUGGAAAUUCAGUGCUUAGCAAUGUACACUGUCCCACCCAUUUAUGAGCUUCUCAUGAUGGAAUAGAAGGUCCUUAUGUUCCUUUCCUAGAGGAGCAGUAAACUUUGGCAUCGAGUCUUUGGCUUAUACUGGUUAAACCCUGAGAGGUUGUCAUGGAGUGGUUGGCCUCAGCUUUAGAGCGGGACCUUGGAGUGGACCAGCGGCAAAUCGGACCAGGAACACGACCAAAUGAGCUAGUGGCACUUGUUUCGACCCGCUGGAUUAUGGGACUAAAAGAAAGAAGAGUAACCCGAUGUGCACGUUAUGAUUGUAGUGGCGAUGGAGAUAUCCGAACUCUCCUUCAGCGAUCUCAGUUAAAGUUACCACCUGGAUGGACUCGUGUUUGCAUUCAAGGUCUAAGGAAAAGCAAGUUGAGGUAUAGGAUUGCCAGGGAUCCAGGAUGGCAUGGAGAAGGCUUCUCCCAGGACUCUUUUAUGAAACAGAUGCAGGAAGUGUCAGAGUGCAACAUCAGGAAUCUGUGGCAUGAAGCAUAUAUGAACCAUGUGCAGCCAUAUGCAAGUGCUACAGACCAAACACAGGUGUUGGCCAUUGAUUCAGUUCACCAAGCUCUGCAAAAACUGUUCGGCUGCACAUUUCUAUCAACUGACCGAUUGUCACCAACACUCUCUCCAGCACGAGAGAAGGAAAAAGAGUGUCCAUUGUCAUCUAGUUCCUCCUCUCUCAAGCUAAAUACAGACACAGUGUGUCCAAAUUUGGUCCCAGCUGAAUGCUUGCUUGAGUCAGGGGAGGUGAUGUACAUCAUUCUUCCAUAUACACAAUACUCCCUUCAUGAUAUUGUUACCUACAGUCCAGCUAAGCUUGCCAACAGCAAUGCUAAAAUAUUGUUUAUUUUAUACCAAAUACUCAUAGCAAUGCGUGAAUGCCACGCUUCUGGACUGUCAUGUGGGGAGCUCUGCUUGCAGGACAUAGCUGUUGAUGAGCAGCUUUGCAGUCGCCUCAAAAUAUCCCUAGCACAUUAUGAAAAAAUGGAUGAGGACAGGAAUGCAAGGCAAAUGGCAAACACUGCAAAUGAUAAAGGUGCUGAAAAUGUAAGAAGUGAUAUAAGUGAACAGCACUGCCAAGAUUGUCAAGAUUAUCUCAGAUCUUUGGUCCUUGACUGGGUUCAUGGUAGAGUCAGCAACUUCUGUUAUUUGAUGGAACUGAACAGAUUAGCUGGAAGACGAGAGGGUGACCCGAACUAUCACCCAGUUUUGCCUUGGGUGGUAGAUUUCACUGUACCAUAUGGAAGAUUUCGUGAUCUCAGGAGGUCAAAGUUUCGUCUAAAUAAGGGUGAUAAACAACUAGAUUUCACAUAUGAAAUGACCAAAGAAGCUCUUGUAGCAGCAGGUAAUGGUGGUGGUGGAAGCUUCUUUCCUACCGAUCUUUGUGCAUCAAUAGGUCCUAGUGUUUCAGGACAGUCAGAUCAUCUCCAUGUACCCCAUCACAUUUCAGAUGUUUUAUCAGACAUUACCUAUUAUGUCUACAAGGCUAGACAGACGCCCAAAUCAGUACUUUGUAGCCAUGUCCGUUCUCAGUGGGAGCCCAAUGAAUACCCAGGUAGCAUGGAACGUAUUCAGAGUUGGACACCAGACGAAUGCAUUCCAGAAUUCUACACGGAUCCUAGUAUAUUUCAAUCCAUUCAUGCAGACAUGCCAAAUCUUGAGGUGCCUCCAUGGUGUAGCUCCUCUGAGGAGUUUAUUGCAGUGCACAGGCGCCUUUUAGAUAGUCGUGAAGUAUCCCAGCACCUACACCAUUGGAUUGACCUAACUUUUGGCUAUAAGCUUUCAGGUAAAGAAGCAGUAAAAGCCAAGAAUGUAUGCUUACACUUGGUGGAUAAUCAUACCCAUUUAACCAGCUAUGGAGUGGUUCAACUCUUUGAUCAGCCACAUCCACCCUGUCUCGCACCUUAUCAGUAUUCACCAGCAGAACCUCCACACCUUGGACCCAUCAGUGUGUCAGCAUGGCAAAUCCCAUCUCUCGAAACUACAGUAGAUGUGGAUAGAACAGUCCCAGAGGCAACAGGAUGCGAAUCUAGUGGUUGGACACUGGUUGAUCGGGAUGAAGAACUUGAGCAAGGAACCGAGGCUCUUGAUUCCUUGAGUGCUAAUGUUUCAGCCACCAACACCAUGCCUGUACCUGCUGUGAGUUCUGCUGGAGGAAAAACUAUUGGCGAGCAUGCUGUUUUGGUAUUGUCUCCUUCUCAUAGCUCUUUUCCUGGAGAAACUGGAAGCAGCACAAUAAAUAGUCUUGGACCUGUGGGUAACAUUCUUCACAGAGGAACUUCAGCUCUUAAGAAGCAGGAAGGUGUCACUGCUUCUAAUUUGAAUGCAGAUGAUUUCAAAAUAAAUUUGCCAGAAGGAUUUAAGCCUUUACAGCCAUUAGAAGAGUUGGAGAAGCUUAAUAUAUUUUUAGUUAAAGGGUUGCAUUCCCAAGUUCAGAAUGCAAUGGAUGUAGACAGAAGAGCACCAGGCACUGCAUCAAAAGCACCGUUGUCUUUUAGAGACUUAAUUCACAGAGACAUGCAAGCUCUGGGUGUCUUCAUUGCAGAAAUAUUUUAUUCAUCAAAGCUCCAAUAUAUAAAACCAGGCACGUCUUUGAGUGACCGUUUUCAAGCAGUAAUGAAGUUUUGCUCUGCCAGUCUUAGAGAUAUCCCACUACCACUUCAUCAUGUACUUGAGAGCCUUUUACAGAUUCACAAGCACAAAUCUGGGACUGAAUCUUCGAACUUCCUCCAUGCUGACCUACCAUUUCUGUUCAAAUACGACCCAAUUUACGAGGGCCUUCCACCACCAAAUCCUUGGCAACUGCUUACUCCUGUGUUAUCUCCAUUACCUUUCCCUGAAUAUUUCCCUUCACUUCAUCACUUCAUUUUUUCUUACCAUUCCAAGAUGGUGUCCAGCAACAGUGUUCAAGGUCGGGAUAUAGUGUUUAGUUUAUGGCAACAGCUGCAGACUCUUCUACAUGGAGAUAUAACUGCAGAGGGACUGGAGAUUCUCUUACCGUUUGUGCUUGCUUUAAUGACUGAAGAAUCUACAGCUGUGUAUGCUGCCUGGUACUUAUUUGAACCAGUUUCCAGUGUCCUUGGACCACGUAAUUCUUCAAAAUAUUUGAUCAAGCCACUGAUAGGUGUAUAUGAAAACCCCAACUGCCUCCGUGGUCGUUUCUACCUCUACACAGACUGUUUUGUAUUACAGCUUAUAGUCCGCCUUGGCUUGCAAGCCUUCCUAUCUAGUCUUUUACCUCAUGUGCUUCAAGUUAUCACUGGAUUUGAGACUUGUCACACAGGGGCAGGAAAUGAAUGGAAUGGGCUUAAAGCUUUAAGAGAAGAGGAGGAAGACUUUGAAUGUGUGGAAUCUUCAGCUGCCUCAGCUGGCAAAGUGGGAGCAGGCAAUGCUGGUGGAAGUGGAGGUGUUGGGGUUCAGGAUCCAGGACUUGUGGACUACUCAUCGGGCAUAAGUCUGAGUGAUCAAGUCUUUAUUACUGAGGGUGAGGAUUUUCAGAACGGGUUUUAUGUCAAUAAUGGGUCAUCUGUAUCAACAGCUGGAGUGAGUCCUAAAUUGCAAGGCAAGAAUUCUGCAAACAAAGACCAAGACCAAGAAUCUCUAAGUGUGGGUAAACUAAGUGACAAGAGUAGCGCCAGUGAGGUGUCCAUUGGGGAUGGCGACUCAACCAAGGAUCGUGCAAGUUUAAAGUCUGCUGACAGCAGCCAGGACUUAAAACAAACAAGUGACGUGGAAGAUGGAGGUGACCUGGAAGAUGAAGAUGCAACAGUAGAGGAGAAAGAUAGAACAGUACAGAAGUUUCCUAGUCUAGAACUGACAUUGUCUGGUUGCACAGAGGACUCUGAAGGCACAGUGGGUACUUUGGAGGGUGACUUCAUGAAUGGAAUGGUAGAAGGUGACAGUGAGAAAAACAUUGUGGAAGAGGAUGAUGACCAUGACCCUUCAGAGGACUCUGAGGAGAAAGAACACAAGAUAUUAUUAGAUACUGUUUGCAAGACUGUAAAAUGGCUGUCUGCUAAAUUGGGGCCAACAGUAACGUCUCAAUAUGUAGCUAGAAAUCUUCUGCGUCUUCUUACUACAUGCUAUAUAGGACCUGAGAAGCAUCAGUUUUUGCUGUCUACAAACGAAGACAGUAGCAUUGACAGUGCCGGAGGUGUUUAUGAAAAGAAACCAAUUGUUGGUGACCAGACUGCAAAGCCAGUUCUUGAUUGUCUCAUCUACAUAGCCCACCUGUAUGGAGAGCCUGUUCUGACCUACCAGUAUCUGCCAUACAUUGGUUACCUGGUGUCUCCCCCCUUCUCCUGUCGCCUGAAUACUCGUAAGGAGGCAGGACUUUUAGUUGCGGUUGUGCUGACUCAGAAGAUUAUAGUUUAUCUGUCAGAUACCACGCUAAUGGACAUGUUGAUGAAAAUCAAUCAGGAUGUGCUUAUGCCACUGCUCGACUUGCUCACCUCACCCAAACUGGGUUUUCCUAGUGGGGUGCAGACCCGUUCUGCUGUGUGUUUGAAAACCCUUAGCCUGAUGGCACUGAUAUGUCUGAGGAUUGGCAGGGAGAUGGUGCAGCAGCACAUGGCAGACACAUUUUGCAAGUUCUUUCAAGUCUUCACUUUGGUGGAUAGUCUGCAGAACCAGAUAGUGAAAGGACCUCGAAAAGAGGUUGGAGAGUACACGUACAUUGAUGUCUGCACUCCAGGGGGAACAGAGGUGACCUGUGAACUGGGCGUUCUGGAAGAACUUCAGGCGGUGUUCAGCCCGGAGAUGGCCAAUGCCUCCUUUAUCCCUUUAUACCGUCUAAUUGGUGAUGCAGUUAUUCGCAAAUUAAUUCCCAACCAUGAACUAGUUUGGAGACUGGCUAGGUCCUGCGUUAACAAAGUAAGUCCAGGAAGCCCAGAAUUAAACCUAGAUGGCAGUCAAAGAGCAGAAAUGGCCACUUCUUCCAUAGGCGUUUCUCCUAACUUAAGCUACCAGUUUGGUUGCAGCCCCUUUCCAGCCCCCUCGUCCACCUCAACUCCUCUUAGUGGAGAUGUAGUUCCUGAGUCUGGAACCUUUGGCAGUCACUUGGUAGGAAAUCGCAUCCAAGUAGCACGGGACUCUGAGCCGAGUGGAAGCCCAAGUCAGUCCUCUCUUGAUAUCUGGGGACGACCUCACGUGGGCUACGUCCCAGCGUCAAGUCUUGUCACCUCCAGGUUUGCCUUAAUGUCAGUGGGACCAGCCUCCUCACUUUCUUCAUCCUCAUGGGUUUUGGGUCACACUCCAGAGGACAGUGCACUGAAACAGGAACUCCCACGCAGUAGUCGUUCUCUUCAGGGUAACUGGCUAGCGUACUGGCAAUAUGAGAUUGGCUUCAACCAGCAAGACCCACGUUUUCAUUUCCACCAGAUUCGCCUACAGAGCUUUUUGGGCCACUCAGGCACAGUUAAGUGUCUGGCUCCACUAGCUGGUGAAGACUACUUUCUUUCUGGAAGCAAAGAUAAAACAGUUAAACUUUGGCCACUGUAUAAUUAUGGUGAUGGCACACGAGAGGUGGAACCUCGGUUGACGUACACAGACCAUCGCAAGUCUGUCUACUCUGUUGCACAGCUGGAGGCCUUACAGGAGGUGGUGAGCUGCGAUGGUACUGUGCACAUUUGGGACCAGUUCACAGGCAAGCAGAUCCGGUCUUAUGAAGCACUUGAUGGAAAGAAUCCCAUCACGGCCGUCACCACUAUGCCACCUCCUCACUGUAGCGUUGUGUUUGCCAGUGCUGAUUCUGUCCUUCGUUUCGUAGACCCACGCAAACCUGGCCUACAGCAUGAGUUUCGCUUGGCCUCUAACAACCUGAGUGCGGGUCUAAUCCGCUGUCUGGCUGUAAGCCCCGGAGGACGAACAGUGGCAGCAGGAUUCUCUUCAGGCUUUAUAGUGUUGCUGGAUGCACGGACUGGACUGGUACUGCGAGGUUGGCCUGCCCAUGAGGGAGAUAUACUGCAGAUGAAGGCAGCAGAUGGGAAUUUGUUAAUUAGUUCCUCCACUGAUCACACUUUGACAGUGUGGAAAGAUCUAGAGCACAAGCCUCUUCAUGUGUAUAAGACUCCGUCUGAUCCCAUCCAUGCCUUUGACCUCUAUGGUGCUGAAAUUGUGGCAGGCACUGUAGCCAACAAGAUAGGCGUGUACUCUAUGAUGGACAUCUCUGCAAGCCCAGCCAGUUGCACCAAACUCAGCUCUGAGAACUUUCGUGGGACCCUCACCAGCCUGACUGUCCUGCCCACCAAAAGACUCCUGCUGCUGGGUUCUGAGAAUGGAGCUAUCAGGCUCUUGGCUUAAACACACGUACAGCUCCAGUCCAAGAAACCCCAGAAGACAGCAUUAGUCUGAAGACCUUUUUGAGCUAAUGUGGGGAGCUUCUGUGACUGAUUUAAAUUAUUUAGAAAUGUCUUAGCACCUUAGUCUUACUAAGGAUUACCAGAAAAGUCUUUACACAAACAAAAAAAAUCUAAUGAUCAGCUUCACAAACAAUUUGUAUGAUUUUAUACAGUUUAUCUAUAAAGUUUGUGGCCAGCUGAUGUUUAUGUACAAGAAAUUAAAGGAUCUAAUUUCUUAUCGUGAAAAAAGACAAAUUGUUUCUUUACGUUGGCGGAUAAGAAGAACUGCUCAGGAAUGUUGAGCCAAUCAUGGUUCCACAGUAGUUUUUACACUUUAAAAAAGGUGUAGAAAUCACCAAGAUCCCACUGUGUGAAUCACAAAUCAAACUUUGUCAAUGCUAUAAUGUAACCAUGCACCUGAAGCACUGAACUACUAUGCAGUAUUUGUGGGUUUUUAUUGGUAUACUUUGUUGUCCUAAGUUCACUAUAUCAUGAGUACAAAAGAUAUGUUCCAAGAAGUCAUGUCUAUCAUUGCAUAUCUGCAACAUGUGCAGUCAGUUGAAGUGGAGAUUUUUUUGUUUGGUUUUUUUUUUUUUUUUUUUUUUUUUUUUUUGAGGACCUUAAUGUAUGUAAAUGUGCACCACUGUAAAUGAGGAAAUAUCUAGACAUAGAUUAUCUAUGAGGAGUGUUUAAGUAACAGGUCAAUAAUUCCAUAAUAAUGGGAUUUACAUUUUAAUGCAACAGUAAAUUCUAACAUAGUUUGGAUUGUUCCCCAAAUUAUUCAAUCCUUAUAAGUGUAUUAAUUAAUUCUCUUAUACCUGUAGUCAUAUUUUUAUUCCUUAUAUAAUACUAACCACUGAUUAUAAGAAUGUUAUUUAUACGCACAUUGUAGUCUCUUAUUUGACUUUCCAGUUGCACAGUAAUGAAAUUCUGAAUUUGUGAAUUUGGUAAGUACAAGAUGAUGUUUUAAAUUAAAAUAAUUUACAACUACAUUGGGUCAAGAUCCUACACAAAAUAGGCACUCCUGAAGCUGUUCCCAAUUUAACCUGUGGUUGAAAUUAGGCUUUAGAAUUGAAUUAGAUUACAGUUUGCAAUUUUAAUUUGAGCUCACAUAUUUAAAAAAAACUUUACUUGUAUGAUGAGACAAUUUCUUGGCACAAGUGCAAUUGUGCAAAGGAAUCCCAGAAGUUUGGGAACUCUUUAGUAAAACAAGUAGAAUUAGUCAUUCUAUGUCCACAUUUCUAAAAACUGAUCAAUUGUUCAUGUAACCAAGAUUUUACAUCAUCUUUUGUAAAUCCCACUGGAAUUAUGGAUUUGUGUAACCCAAAUUAGGUUGUUACUCUGUUGGAAUAAAGUCUAAAAUCUCUUUAUUUACAUUGAAACAUUGUAAUUUGUAAUUGAAGUAAACUCAAAUUGAUCAGAAA